AUGGCAGAUGAACCACUAUUUACAAUAGAAAUGGAUGGACAUCGUCAUCCAUUAAUUAACAAUGAUGGUGACGAUGAUGAUGACGAUGAUGAUAAUCGUUUUAUUGAUAAUGAUACUGGUGCUGAUCUAUUACAAACAGAUGAUAUUGAAACAGUACAAAUAACUGAACGAACAGUCAAUCCACGAGGAGAACGAAUCUCACCACAUGAUUUUCAAUUAUUAAAAGUAUUAGGUAAAGGUGGAUAUGGAAAAGUUUUUCAAGUACGAAAAUUAUUUGGUAGUCAUCAAAAUGAAAUAUUUGCGAUGAAAGUUCUUAAGAAAGCCAAAAUUGUUCGAAAUGCAAAAGAUACUGCACAUACAAAAGCAGAAAGAAAUAUUCUCGAAUGUGUUAAAUGUCCAUUUAUUGUUGACCUUGUGUAUGCAUUUCAAACAGGUGGAAAAUUAUAUUUAAUCUUAGAAUAUUUAUCAGGUGGAGAAUUAUUUAUGCAAUUAGAACGUGAAGGAAUAUUUUCAGAUGACAUAGCUUGGUAA